UACAGCCAGAUAAUACGACAAAUGUCUGACACUUCAGUAAUAGUAUUACUUACAUGUAUCAAUUUCAAAUGUCAACAGUAACAAAACUACAAUUUAAAAGUUACAUUUUCUAGAUUUAGCAUGAGCAAAUUUGUUGAUGAUACUGUAAAUGUCUAUCUCACGCAGAAGUUCAUGUUCAAUGCUCAUCAGAGUGAGAUUGUUCAAUCUGUGACUCAUGGUGCUCGUUAGUGCAUUUUUAAUCCUUUUCAGUUUUGAGAAUGAGCGUUCUCCACUGCAGUUGGUAACCAUGAGUGACAAAUAGAUGCUCAAGGCAUUUUCUACAUUUGGAAAACAUGACUCCAAAGAAUUGUCAGUUAUCAAACAGUACAACUGUACGAGGUCUUGUUUGGCAGCAAAAUGCAAAGCAAGAUCAGCUUUCAACAGUUCAGUAAACUGCACAAAUUCUUCAUCAAGACUUUCUUCCAGAUCUUCUGGAUCUGAUUUAAUAAGAUUUGAUGACCUCUUUAUGACCUGUUCAGGUGUAAAUGACUGAAGGAAUCCAAAAACACCUUUAGAUAAGCUUUCUGUCUUUUUGAUAGGGCAGAAAGCAAACUGUCAAUAAUGGCAAGAAAUGUUUGACUUUUAAACUUCCGAGAAGGCGUUUGAGAUUCAACAAGCGGAUCAAAAGUGCUGGAACCACGGAAAUCACCAUAUGCGCUAUUUUGCUUGUGCUGUCUUCGAUUUUGCUGUUGAUAAUCUUCACACUUAGUCAGGUCCUUGGCUUUUUGCUCGAUGUCUGAAAAAGUAGACCGCAUAGCUUGAAUAUAUCCACACAAGGAUUCAUGACGUGCACAAGCUGUGUUCAAGUCUUGGCCAGAAGAUUGCAAAGAAGCACUGGUCAUUUGAAAACACUGUAAUACUUGAUCCCACAAUAUGACCAUUAUUUCUGUUUCCAAUUUCAUGGUUGAAAGUAGUCCAUGAGCCUGUUGUCGACACUCUGCCUUCUGAUCAUUGUUAUUUGAAAUAAGACUUGUUUUAUUGCAGUAAAGCUGUGUAAAAGUGCUUUUGCUGCAUCUGCACGAGCUGACCACCUGGUAUCUGACAUUCUUUUCACAAUGGGCAAAUGAGCUCCACCAUCAGAUAAUGCAGCAGAAAGGAAAUCCCAUCGAUAAGUAGAAGCAGAAAAAAAUGUGUACAGGCUUUCUACAAAUUGAAAGAAAAUUAAGGCUUCUUGACAACAUUCAGCAGCACAUUUUCCAACCAAAUUUAGUGAAUGUGCAAAACAUGGAAUCUAAUCCACACACUCAUUCAGCUCUUUAAUUUGUGCUCAUAAGCCACUAUACUUGCCACUCAUGUUGCUGGCAUUGUCAUAACUUUGACCACGGCAGUCUUUUAUAUCGAUUUUAUUUCCCUUUAAAAAGUCAAGGAAACUUUGAGCGAGCCAAAAACUUCACAAAUCUUUCAAGUGGUCCAGACAGCAAAACAUAGCGCGCAGUCAAAGUCAGCUGGUCCACAUCAGAUAUAUCUGGAGCAGAAUCACACCGAUAAUAUGAUCCAGUAUGUUGGAUCCAAUCGGAUUGAUGAGUUCCUCACAUGUUGUUUUCAAUACAUGUUGUUUUACAUACCCUUCCUUGGUUUGCAUGAGCAAUUAUAUGCUCUGCCAGAAAAGGGUCAAACAUGGCCAGUAAUUCUAACAACCCUAAGUAAUUUUCAUUAUAAGGACAGCCAACAGUUUCAUCACUACCACAAAAUGAAAGGCCUCGUUCUGCUAAAAACUUUACAACUUCAAUUAUUCGCUCUGGAAGUUUGUGCCAAUAUUUUUGUUCAGUCUCCUUUUUUCCCCCAUAAGGUGGGAAUCAACACAUUUAGCUUUUCUUUUGUGCAUCAACAGUGAAAUUAAAGUUUGUCUACGAGACUGAUUUCAAUUGGGAAAUACAGGUUGAAAUCAGUCUAAUAUGAUCUUGUAUGUUCCUGAGCUGGUUCGGACUACCUAAAAUCAGGAAAAAAAAGAGGAAUCAUGAACUGGUUUAGGAGUUUGGGAGCAAGCUAAGGAGGUGCCCAAGCAGUCUGGAGCUCUAGCAGCCAGACCUAAUGGAUCCAGUUACCAGGUACUGUGUGAGGAAAAGGCUCCUAAAUGUAGACACUUGGAGCUGAGUCCCAGGAGCAGAAAGACCAUUUGGAGCACCUCGGUGCCAUUGUCUGAGGAUACAGAUGUGGAACUGGACUCUGAUGUGCUCUCUGUUUCAACUAAGACUCCAGUGAACAUAUGGAGGGAACUCUGAGGUCUGCCUAAUCUUCCCUGCUACCUAAAGAGAUGUCUUUGGAAGGAGGUUCUUGGGGGAGUUGCAACAUCCAAACUGGUUGUAAACCAUUCCAUCUGCAAGGAGUCUUCUAUAAAGGAAAACCUUGGACUCUUCCUCUGACUGUGCUAUAGAUCCACUGCCUGGUAUGCCCUCCACGGGGUUGAUUAUACAUGCUCUCAGACCUGGAGAGAAACGAUAUGGAGGAGUACAUAAAGGAGGCUCUUGCCAUGAGAAUCAUUUGGCACUGCGCCUCACCAGGGGGUGCAGACUUCUUUGUACAGAGCAAAGACAGGAGCCUGUAGCCACGCAUUGAUUAUAGAGGGCUGAAUCCCUCUGUGACUCCCUGGUCCACUCAUCCUCCACAACCACCUCUCCCCACACUCACUCACAGAGCUACACUUCGUCCCUCUCCACUUGUCAGGGGCUGAAUGAGCACAUCCAAGUGAGGCUGAGAUCCGUGCUUGCCACUGUUUGAGAAAUAGUGACACGUCUAUAUUCGAAUGCAUUUUCACACAAAAGAAACAAAUUCCCAGAGACAGUCCUGGCACAUUCUGUAUGGACAAAACCGCAAUGAGAUGAAAAAGCUGGUAGUGCAGGGAAUCAGCAUUCAGACAGAAAUUUGUUAUUGAUUUAUGUUAAGGCCUAUUGAUUAAUUUUAUUUUCGCUUGGCGGGCUUUUCAAAUUUCAGGGAAGUGACCGUUAUUUUUGGCGCUUCUCUUGCUGCCGUCUGAUGAUUGGAGAAUUGGACAGGUCGCUGAUUGGGCUAUUCCACAUCACCCGCCGGAGAAAGUGCUGCUUCACCAAUCGUAAGUGUCAUUAGGCAAUCCCCCCCAGAAGCUACAAUAAGAGUGAAUGCGGAAGAAUUGGUUUAUUCUUUGUAUAGAAGUUUGUCGAGAUGACAGGACGAGGGAAAACCGGUGGUAAGGCUAAGAGCAAGCCCAAGUCUCGCUCGUCUCGGGCCGGACUGCAGUUCCCGGUGGGCCGUGUUCACAGGCACCUGAGAAAGGGUAAUUAUGCUGAGCGGGUGGGUGCCGGAGCCCCAGUCUACCUGGCUGCUGUACUCGAGUACCUGACGGCUGAAAUCCUCGAGUUGGCCGGCAACGCGGCCCGAGACAACAAGAAGACCCGCAUCAUCCCCAGACACCUGCAGCUGGCCGUCCGCAACGACGAGGAGCUCAACAAGCUGCUGGGAGGGGUGACCAUCGCUCAGGGCGGGGUACUGCCCAAUAUCCAGGCCGUGCUUUUGCCCAAGAAAUCCGGCGGACCCGCCAACCCCAAGGGAAAAUAGAUCUGCGAAACAUCUAUCUGGCAACACAAAGGCUCUUUUCAGAGCCACUCACAGUGUCUAUGUAAGGGCUGAGCUCGGGGGAGUACGUUCAGUGCAGCUGGAGCAGACAAGUCUCUCCAGCCACAUCUUGACCCUUACCUGAAACCAACUUCCUUCUGUGCACUAUGCACUCCCUCCCAGUCCCGAGUUCCUUUAUCCUCAUGUGUUUUACCAGAACUGAGGAUAUUCUCUGGCGUUCGCCCCUGUGCUUCCCAGAGCGGUGAAACCAGCAAGCGGACCGACUCUCCAAUGAACAGGUGACAUUCCCGACUAACCCGAGUCCCCAGAACGUGAAAAGCCCACCAAGAUUAUAAUUUUAUCCAUUAGUUCAAACACAACUGCAGACGUCUAAACAGGAUUUCAGUCAAAAGAUCCCCCCCAUUCAUAAUAAAUGGAUUCCUCACACAAGCGAUCAUUUGAUUUUAAUUUUUAUUUCCGAUGGGAAUAAACGCCGAUUCACAGAACGCGGUAGGGUUAUGUACAACGCAACCGGUUAUAGACGAGUCACAACUGCAGUCGAAGCAGAGACUAGCGUUAGUUGUUCUGUGAAAGGACCGUGAGUGAAACUUGUAAUAUCGAGUUGAAAUCGGAUUCAGGUCUUUUACAAACAGGGGUACUGCAGUUAAUAUAUAACAUUCAAAACAAUUUAGUAUCAACGACAGCAAAAAUCUUUCAUCGGCUCUAAAGCUUUGUGUGAGACACAAAAUGGCGAUAAAAAUACGGAAGUGAGAGGGCAAAAUGGCCGUGAGCUGGGAAUUACGAGUGAUUUUCCCGAACAGUAGAAAAAUUAUUUUUUUUUACAAACAGGAAUAGAA